AUGACCUGCAAACUGCCCCAAGGCCAUGGGACAAGGCUUUCCCACCCCUCCAGGACCAGCAUAAAAAGAGGACCAGAGCCUCUCUCCCUCACACACUUCUCCUCAAGCCUUCUCCUCCUGCUCCUGCUGACAACAGGAACCCUCCACACCACACCCAUGGCCUGCCACAACCGCUGCAGUCCCUGCGGACCCACCCCGCUGGCCAACAGCUGCAACGAGCCCUGUGCCCUGCAAUGCCAGGAUUCCCACGUCAUCAUCAACCCUUCCCCUGUGCUGGUCACCCUGCCAGGACCCAUCAUGACCUCCUUCCCCCAGAACACCGCCGUCGGAUCCACCUCCUCCGCUGCUCUGGGCACUGAGCUCAAUGCCCAGGGACAGCCCAUCUCUGGUGGAUUUGGCUUUGGUGGCUUUGGCUACGGCCUGGGAGGCCUGGCCUGCUAUGGCAGAAGGGGUGGCUACAUCUGCUAA